AUUUAGAAAUAUUUGUAUUCGGCACCCUGGAAAUACUCAUGAUGCUGCAGUUUUCAAAGAUUCCAAUUUAUACAGAAAUGCUAAAAAUAUUAUUCCACAGAGUACGCGAAAUAUUAAUGGCUUAGAAGUACCGUAUUUAAUCGUCGGAGAUCCAGCGUACCCACUUUUGCCAUGGGUAAUAAAGAGUUAUUCAGGGACAGUUACAGCCGAACAGGAGUCAUUCAAUGUUCAUCUAAAUUCAGCGAGGGUUAAAAUAGAAAUGUCAUUUGGUCAAUUGAAAGGACGUUGGAGGAUACUUCUAAAAAGGAUUGAUAUUAAUUACUCGUUCGUUCCAAACAUUACAAGUGCUUGUUGCAUUUUGCACAAUUUAUUGGUAGCUAAAAAUGAAGAAUUUGUUCAACAAUGGCUCAAUGAGGUGACUGAAGCACAAGUAAUAUAUCAACAGCCAAUAGAUAGAAGCAAUCGGGAUCGUGACGAUAUCACUGGAUCAAUCAUUCGUCAACAUUUAACAGACUAUCUAGCGGCGAACUACCCCCUGCGUAGAAGUGUAUUACGAUAA